AUGCGGUCAUUUACACCUCUGGUUUUGAGCCUCCUCGGAGCUGUCGCAGCUGUCUCCGCUGCCGAACCUGCUGACGCUGCCGACUCCAAUGUCAUUACCUUGACCAAGGAUACCUUUGACGAUUUCGUCAAAGAGCACCCGCUCGUUCUCGCUGAGUUCUACGCCCCAUGGUGUGGUCACUGUAAGGGUUUGGCGCCCAAAUACGAGGAGGCCGCGACGGAGUUGAAGAGCAAGAACAUUCCCUUGGUUAAAGUGGACUGCACCGUCGAGGAGGACCUCUGCCGGAGUUACGAGGUUGAUGGAUACCCGACUUUGAAGGUCUUCCGUGGCGCCGAAUCGCACAAGCCAUAUGGAGGCGCCCGCCAAACUGAAUCGAUUGUCUCUUACAUGACCAAGCAAUCGAUGCCCGCCGUUUCUAGCGUGACUGAGGAGAAUCUGGAGGAUUUCAAGACCAUGGAUAAAAUCGUCAUCGUCGGCUAUGUGGCCUCCGAUGACAAGACCGCUAACAAAAGCUUCACCGCGCUUGCUGAGGCCCAAAGAGACACUUACCUGUUCGGUGCCUCAAAUGACGUUUCUCUCGCCAAAUCGGAGGGCGUGAAGCAGCCUUCUGUUGUCCUUUACAAGGACUUCGAUGAGAAGAAGGCCGUCUACGACGGUAAGCUUGAGGAGGAGGCCAUCCUCAAAUGGGUCAAGACCGCUAGCACUCCUCUGGUUGGCGAACUGGGCCCUGAGACCUAUUCUAAGUACAUGGCGGCUGGUAUUCCAUUGGCGUACAUCUUCGCUGAGACCGCUGAGGAGCGUGAGAAGUUCGCCGAAGAAUUCCGCCCCAUCGCCGAGAAGCACCGUGGAGCCAUCAACGUCGUCACCCUUGAUGCCAAGCUCUUCGGCGCCCACGCCAGCAACCUGAACCUUGAACCCGAGAAAUUCCCAGCCUUCGCUAUCCAGGAGACCACUAAGAACUCCAAGUUCCCCUAUGAUCAGUCCAAGAAGCUUGACGCCAAAGAGGUCGGCAAAUUCAUUCAGAACGUCUUGGACGGCAAGGUUGAGCCAAGCAUCAAGUCCGAGCCUAUCCCGGAGUCUCAGGAAGGCUCUGUCACCGUGGUUGUGGGCCGCAACUACCAGGAGGUUGUCAUUGACAACGAGAAGGAUGUCCUCGUCGAGUUCUAUGCUCCCUGGUGCGGACACUGCAAGGCUCUUGCUCCUAAGUACGAUGAGCUCGCCGCUCUGUACAGUGAUGUCGCGGACAAGGUCGUGGUUGCUAAGAUUGAUGCCACCGCCAACGAUGUUCCCGAUUCCAUCACUGGUUUCCCCACCAUCAAGCUCUUCCCCGCCGGCAAAAAGGACGAGCCUGUCGAGUACGCCGGCUCGCGCACUGUCGAGGACCUUGUCCAGUUCAUUAAGGAGAACGGCAAAUACGAGAUCGACGGCCUGGCUGAUGGUGCCAAGAAACCCGAGGAGGGCGCUGAUGUCACUGUCUCGGCCUCCAAGGUCGCUGAAACUCCUGCUCCUUCCGACGAGGCUCACGACGAGCUGUAA